UAUCGAGUGGCGAGCCUAGCAGAUGAGAGAGAGAGAGAAGAGAGAGACAGAGAGAGCAACUCCCGUGUCCACUCCUCGCGUGAGAAAGAAGCGGUAGGUGUGCGCGUGGCAGAGGGAUCCAAUUCCUCUGACUUCUCAGAGAUGGCGGCGUCGGAGGGGGCAGCGGCGGAGGGGUCGGUGAUCGCGAUCCACAGUCUGGACGAGUGGAGCAUCCAGAUCGACGAGGCUAACAGCACCGACCCCAAGAAGCUGGUGGUGAUUGACUUCACUGCGACGUGGUGCGGACCAUGCCACGUCAUGGCUCCAAUUUUUGCUGAUCUCGCCAAGAAGUUUCCAAAUGUCGUUUUCCUGAAGGUUGAUGUUGAUGAAAUGAAGACUAUUGCUGAGCAAUUCAGUGUUGAGGCCAUGCCGACUUUCCUGUUCGUGAAGGGGGGUGACGUUAAGGACAGGGUUGUUGGCGCAGUGAAGGAAGAGCUGGUGAAGAAGCUUGAGCUACAGAUGGCCCAGUAGGCCAGUGAUGCUAUAGUGAAGUAUUAUUCGCCUAAAUAAGAAGACCCUUCCAAACUCAUGGAGGGCUAGUGCCUUUGUAAUGGUACUUCGUAUGCAGUGUUUUUUUUUUUUUUGAAAGCCUACUUCAUAUGCAGUGUUUAUAUAUUUAGUUUCUCAAUAAUAAUGGCAUAAUGCCUUGCUUGAUCCAA